AUGCUUCGGCGCAGCGAGGCCCGCAGCGACCGCCACAACGGCACGCGCCCGGCGGAGCAGCACGCUGCUCACGAGCCAGACGGCGCUCUUCCGGGCCUCCCCGAGGAGGAGGAGGCUGAGGCGGCUGAGGAUGGCAACAGCGACGAAGGCCUUCAAACUGGAUAUCCGGGUGGAGCGGACGAGUGGGAGGAGAUCUUCGCCUGUCCCCUCAGCAUCCGCUUCACGCAGGACAAAAUCCACCCCUUCUUCUACCGUCGCGGGCCGAUUGUCAACGUUCUUCCCAAGAUCCGAGCCGUCCCGAGCCGCUCGGAUGGUGACGAGGUGCUGGACCUGGUUCCUCCCUUCGCACCCAUCCACUGCCUUCAGAAGGGCGAUGACCUCUGGUCGAUGGACAAUCGCCGCCUCUACGCGCUGCAGCUCACGGCCAUGGACCUUUGGCCGCGGCGCUGCCGGGUGCGCUGCUUGCGCAGGGAGCGACUGCCCCGGCACAAGUUCAAGACCCAGUACCGGAAGUUCAACACGACGAGCUCGGGGCGAUGCAUCGACGUUUGCACCAGGUACCAGCAGUUCGACACCUGGAGCUGGUACGAGCGGGCCCUCGAAAUCGAGGGGUACUCGCUGUCCCGGCGGCUUGGGUCCAUGCUUUGCAUCUUCGAGGCUGCACCGGUGCUCGGGGCCUUGCUCUUCCGCAGCGGCCUCACGGGCUUCGAGUCCCGCCGGCCCCUGGUCCUCGGAUUCCUGCUGGCCUUCGGCGUGGACUUCCUGAGGCAGCAGGUGCCAGUCUUUGAGCGUGCGCUCUCCGACCUCCAGGUCAGGGCCAUCAUGGAUGGCGAAGCGCUGCAGAUGACAUCCUGGUGGAAGAAGGAGGGGGAGGAGCCGUGCGGCGUCUGCCCAGCGCAGUUGGCGGCCACCAUGGCCGUGGCCCUGGUGCUUCUGCUGCCGUACAUCCUCGGGGUGGCCCGUGACAAAGUGCGCUCCUCGCUCCUCUCGUGCUGGUUCGGAAUCGCUUUCAUGCUGACGCUGCAGCUAGCCUCCGUGGGCUGGAAGUUGUGGUCUAGAGGUCGCUCGGCUGCCGCGGUCCCGCUGGGCGGAGCGAAGGAAGAGGCGGAGGAGGUGGAGGAGGACGAGAGGACGAGCGGAAGCCGCGGCGAGGCAAAUCGCGAGGACACCGAGGACAAGGCCGCGGCGGCUGCGACGGCUGCGGGCUCAUAG